UUCCUUUCAGAGAAUUAUUCUUGUUCUAGUUACUACACCUGCUGUGGCAGUUCCCCUGCAUCUUUCAUUGCAGAGUGCUGACUCACAGGGAGCCAGCAGGAAAAAGAGGAUUGAUAGCAUUUGGACCUGCUGACAACUCAGAGAUUGUGUGACACUUGUGAGUCAGGAAAUUCAGCAUGUGCUGGCUGGAGGAUGCUGAAUGACUCUGAUCUUGUGCUGCCCUCCUCUGGCUCAGCCCUUCAAGGAGAAACCAUCCGAGCCUCUGAUGCUGUGUCAGCAUUUCAGAGUGGGAACAGUGUUGCCUGUACUAUGGAACAAGCUGGAAACACAGUGCCAUUAGAGUCUGAAGCUAAUACUGACAACAUGGAAAACAGUUCUCCUGCAUCAGUGUUGGAUGAUAAAGGUGAGCAAAGCAAUGAGGAGGAGCAAAAGUCUGUCAAGCCAACAAGUAAAGAGUUCAGGAAAACCUGGGGGUUUCGGAGGACCACGAUUGCCAAGAGAGAGGGUGCAGGAGAUGCUGAUGUGGACGCCAGCGAGCAGCAGCCUCAGCAGCAGCAAGGCAUAAACCUCAGGAGGAGUGGGCGGCAGCCGAAGCGCACAGAGAGAGUGGAAGAGUUCCUGACCACGGUGAGGCGCAGGGGGAGGAGGAGUGUUCCCACUACCCUGGAGGACUCCAGUGAAGCAGCCUCUGGGCCAGCCACUGAUGCUGAAACUGCUUCUGAAGACAGUGUUGAGAGCACUCCAGAUACAAAACCUGUCACUAGGAGGAUUUGCACCAGGAGUUGUAAGGAGCAAAAAAGCUCUAAAAGCAGACCCGCAAAAGAGGAAGAGGAAGAAGAAGAGGAGGAGGAGGAAGAGGAAGAGGCUACCUCUGAUAGUGACAGCGAUGGGUUAACACUAAAGGAGCUGCAGAAUCGGCUAAGAAAGAAACGUGUUGAGCAGAAUCCUCCUCAGCUGGUGUUGAAGGAUGUGCAGAACCACCUGAGGAAAAGGAAUUCAGAAAAAGAUCCUGCCAAAACAGAUGAUGUCACACCUGAAAAACAGGGUGAGUCUGAGCUGCCUGUCAAACAGGAGCCUGAGACUGCAGACAGCACUGAGAUUGCAAGUCAGGUGGUUGUGUCUGAGGAGGACACUGAAGAUCUGGAGGCUCAGAAGGAGGAGAAGCCUGCCCUUGGUGCAAAGGGGGCCUCAGAUGAGGAACCUGAAGAACAGCCCAAAAGCAAACCUGAGUCUGAGAUCUAUGACCCAAACGCCCUGUACUGUAUUUGUCGUCAGCCUCAUAACAACAGGUUUAUGAUUUGUUGUGAUAGAUGUGAGGAGUGGUUUCAUGGCGACUGCGUGGGUAUUUCUGAGGCUCGAGGGCGAUUGUUGGAGAGGAAUGGUGAGGACUAUAUCUGUCCAAACUGCACCAUUCUCCAGGGACAGGAUGAGCCUGUUUCAGAACUAGACCAGCAGGAAGCUAAAAUGGAGCAAGGAAAUGCAGAUGGCACAGAAUUCACAAGCAUAGGAACAAUUGAACAAAAAUCAUUUGAGGACCAAGGAAUCAAGGGUAGGAUUGAAAAAGCUGCAAAUCCAAGUGGAAAGAAAAAACUAAAGAUAUUUCAACCUGUAAUUGAAGCUCCUGGUGCUUCCAAGUGCAUCGGCCCUGGCUGUUUCAACGUGGCCCAGCCCGACUCCGUGUACUGCAGCAACGACUGCAUCCUCAAACACGCUGCUGCCACCAUGAAGAUCUUGAGCUCUGGCAAGGAUGCAAAACCAAAACCUAAAGAGAAGAUCAAACCAAAAUCUGAAAAGCCUGGCAUACCAAAACCUCAGCAGCAGGUGGGCAUCAAACCAGUUUCAAACCAAAAGAGACAGUUGCCUGAGAAAAGAGAGGUGAAUGUGAAGAAGACUGUUGUGAGCACAGCCAAGACUGAGGCCAACACCCAAGCUCCUGCUCGAGAGCCAGCAGCAGAACCCGUCACGCCGUCCUGGGCCAGCGAUCAUAAUUACAAUGCUGUAAAGCCUGAAAGGACUGCUGCCAUUUCACCUGCACUGUUGUUCAAAUGUAUGUAUGGCUUAGGGAUAUUCCUGAAUAAUCAUAUUUUCUUUGAGUACCCAUCCAUUCUUGACUCUGCAAAACUAGGGAGUUUAGGAUUUGGGGGUUUUUUCUUACUGUGGCACCAAGCUACUUUUCUCCACCUUCAAAGAUUCACACACAGAUACACACAAAUGAGAGACACUUUCAGGAGUUUCAUUUGUAUCAUAUGACAGUUGUAUGAUUAAGAGCCUGUUGAUCUGCCCGGCUGAUUUCUGGAUGAAAACUACAUGGUUAAGCUUGAAAUCUUUCCCAUAAAGAAAGUGUCUGUUUCUAAUCUAGAAGGUAAGUAUUGAAACAUUUGUGUUAAAUUUUACAAAAAGGUUGUGCAGUGUGCACUGUGAAUCAGCAAUUGCCUGUACUAAUUUCAAUUGUAUUUUUGUAAUUUAGAUUUGGCACCUGUCUCUCAGGUCUUGCAUUUUCAGUGCCUGGUGCCGAGAGUGAAAUCUUCAACGUGGUAUCCAACGAUACUUGACACGUCUGCAAACAGCUUUUACCUGUCAAGUAUUCUCCUGCUGCUUUUCUUUCUUACAUGAAAUAACUUAAGGACCAUCCUUUACUUUUAUGCUGGGGGGGAGGCAGAACUCUAUUAUCUUUAUUUUCCUUUUUAUUUUUCCCCUUUCUCUGUUCAUAUUCCACACAUUAUCCACACACACAAGAGCACAUCUCAGCUGGAUGUUGGGCAGGGAUACUGCCUUGCAUAUUUUUGCAGGUUUUGAGUAGUAUCCUUGUAAUUCAUGCGAAGGUAAGUAAAUACUGCUUUGAAGCCUGAACAAGUUUUUUGCUUAUGACAUUUUUUUUGAUUGACUCACUCUGAGUAGUUUUAUAAUGCAGUUGUGGAACUUGAGAUGAAAUCUGACAUUUCAGUUACAAACCACGUGACCUCCGCUUUCUCAUUUGAAGAAUAAUGAAUCAGAAAUUCAGUUCUCACAGCUUUUGUGACCACACUUCAGCCAAUUUACAUUUUAUUUUGAUAAGUAAACCUAAUUAUUGAACACUUACAUGUAAAGUAACUGAUAACUUUAUAAAUAAUAUUUAAGGUGAGAUUUUCUAGUUGAAGCUUUUAAGCACUGAGGGAACACCAGCUACCCUAAAUUGCUGUUGAUGAAUAGCACAUACCAGGUAUAUUUUAAUGGUCUUUGCCCACAUCAAGUUAAAUGGUUGUAAUUUUUCUCUGUGUAUUUUUGCUGCAUAUUGGGCCCUUGACCUUUUGUAUAGUUACUCCCUUAAGAUAUGUAUUUUAAUUAACUGCCAUACUUUUUAGAUUAUUUUAAAGAAAAUUUAGCUUUUUUGUCAGAAACAGAAGUGUUUUAAACAUAUCUAAAAUUAGUGGAAAGACAUAAAUGAAACUAGAAGGGCUUAUUUUGCAUUGGAUUUUUCUGACUGUAACAGUUACGAGUGUCCAUAGAACUAUUUCACUUAAAAUGCCCUUAUUCCUGUAGGGUUUGUUUUUUCCUAAGAGACAGGAAUACAGGUUUUGAGGCAGAAGGUUUGAGGGUUUUUUCAAGGGAGUUUGCUCUUAAGAUUUACCACACUAUAGGUUUUACAGAUUUAACUACUUCCAGUAGAAAGUUGGAUUCCUGCAGCUAAAUAGUGCAAUUGAUUCUAAAACAUUGUAAAUACCAUUCUUUAGCAACAAAUAGAGAACAGCCUAGUUCGUGUGAUGAACAACUCUCAUAUCAAAUGCAAGGAAGAACUUCAGAUUUUUUUUUUUAAGGUAAGUUGCAUUGAUAUGUGGGAACUCUGCCAUUACUAAAUGCCCAGAUAAAUUGUUUGUGUAUUUGGGGACAAACGUGUCCUGUUUUUGAGUGGAUAGGUGUGAGCUGUAAUCUUCCUGAGAAGCUGCCAAUGCACCAUCUGCUAAAGUACUCUACCAGAUUUUAUUUCUUUAAGAAAUCUUUAUAUGGUGUUCAAAACCUAAGAGUUGCAGCAUUAGGGGAAUUUGUGAGCGUCUCUUCACUUCAGGUAUCUAAGAGUGAGAAGUCUCAAGCCUGAGCUGGUCAUGGAAGACAUGUUUAUUGGACCAAACAUAGUCUGGUUUAGAUGCAAAUCUUCAAACCAAGCAACUCCGACUUUAGAAUUCUGCAUUGCUGAACAUUGAUUAUGAAGGACUUGUAGUCCAGAAGCGGCAAAGGACUUCCAAAUGCAGUUUUUAAGAAU